AUGACAGAGAAGAUAUAUGAUACACGUCCGCACAGGCAACAGUUUGUCACUUCUUUCCAAGCAACUGAUGGCUACCUCCCCUUUCGCCUUCUUCCGCCUCCACUGAAGCGCUGCGCACCAGCGACUCCCUCGUCGCCUCCGCGAGCACCCCUUCACCCGUCCGCCAUCAAAAGGCUCAGCGCCUUCCCCGCUCCCAACCCCCCCUUUCCCUCGCAAAAUCCAAAGGGCUCCCCACGCUUCCUUCAUGGAACACAACCGCAAACCUCCGCCAUCGUUUGCACUUCAUCCACCACAGCAGCGUCUUCAUCACACCACCACACUCUUGUCCCUCCCCACGUGGCAUGCUGCACACCCGCUGCCUUCACGCACCUCACUUUCGCUAGUCGCCCAUCCGUUCAUCAAUUAAGUCCGCAUUCCCCGUAUAGCAGACUCUUCUCCUGCCAUCAUGGGUGUCCCGAAGUUCUUCCGCUUCAUCAGCGAGCGCUACCCUCUCAUCAGCACCAAGCUCUCUCCCUCCGUUGCCCCCCGUAUCCACAAUCUCUACCUCGACAUGAACGGCAUUGUUCAUAA